AUGGCCAGCCAUGGCGUAGCCCGCACGUUCCGGGUACGCACCGAAGAACAGCGACAGCAGGACCUGGAAAAGAUCCGAAAAUACCGCGCCCUCGAAGACGAGGUGCGCGCCCGAGCAGCGUCGGCGGACUUCACCCCCGAGCUCUUCCAGCUCACAAGCAAGCUCCUCAGCAUCAACCCCGAGUACUACACGAUAUGGAACGUCCGCCGCCGGUGCCUCCUCUCCAGCCUGCUUUCUCCGCUCGCGACGAGCCAGCAGCAGCCGCCGGCCGCCCGUGACGCUGCCGACAAAAAAGCCUCGUCGGACCUGGCGGUCCUGCAGUCCGAACUCACAUUCACCAUUCCGCUCCUCGUGCAAUCCCCCAAGUGCUACUGGAUCUGGAACUUCCGGCAAUGGGCCCUCUCGCAAGCCAUCCUCAGGCUAUCCGCCGCCGCCGCCCGCCAGGCCUGGCAGACGGAGCUGGACCUCACGUCCAAGAUGCUGGACAAGGACCGGCGCAACUUUCACGCCUGGAGCUACCGGCGACUUGUAAUCGGCAGGCUGGAGAGCCCCGAGCUGCAAGGCGAGAGCAUGGCCGAGGAGGAGUUUGCGUACACGGAGCGCAUCAUCCGCCGCGACCUGUCCAACUUUUCUGCGUGGCACAACCGCAGCCAGCUCAUCCGGCGGCUGCUCGAGGAGCGGGGGGCCGACGCCGGGAAGCGGGCCGCGAUGCUCGGGCAGGAGCUGGACCUCGUGAGGGAGGCGUUGAACGUCGGGCCCGAGGACCAGAGCUUGUGGUACUACCAUCGGUUCUUGGUGUCGCAAAUUAUCAACCGUGGCGCUGGGCAGACGUUCUUGCCGCCCCUGACUGCCCGGGAGAAGGUUGCCUACUUGGGGCGUGAGAUUGACGAGAUUGAGGAGCUCUUGGAGGACUAUGACGAUGUCAAGUGGAUCUACGAAUCUCUCCUCGAGUACACUCUGGCCCUGGGGGAGCUGGAGGAAGGCUGUACGGAGCGGAGGGACCUGCGUGGGUGGCUGGCGAAGCUGCGGGCUCUCGAUCCCAUGCGCAUGGGUCGAUGGGACGACGUCGAGAUGCAGAUUGGGUGUUUGUGA